UUCACCCUUGAUCUUUGUGUAUCUGAGGCCAUGUGAGUGGGAGGAUUCAUGUACCAUUCAGUUGCUGGGGUAUCCCACUUGAGGAGACUGGAGGUGGCUCAAUAAAGUAGCGCGGGAACCAAGGUAUUUUAUCGGGUAUGGCAAUCCCUCGCUGAGAAGAACCCUAAUCGCUACGUAGUCGAGUAUGACCAGCUCUACGAGGACGAAUCUGGGGAGAAGCUGUUGCAAGAAACCCUCGAUUGGAUGCAAUUGCGUCCGCCGCCGCCUCCCGAGAAGCAGAAGAAGGUCCAGUUCAAGUUCGGCGACGAAGUCGAGGCCUUCCACAGCGACGGCUGGUGGGAAGGGGCUAUUACUGCGGAGCACUCCGGCGGGAAAUUCGCGGUGUUCUUGAGAGGCUCAAAGGAGCAGAUUGUGUUUGAAGAGAAAGAUUUGAGGUUGCCUGUUCAGUGGGUUAAAGGGAAGUGGGAGCCGAGAUUUGAACAGGUUCAGCGGGAGAAAGAGAUGGCAUUUGUUCUUGUUCACAAUGUCUCAACCUCGUUGAAUCGCUUCAUAAACAUGCAGAGGUCGCUAGAGAAAACUGGAACUAGGCCAAGCAAAGUAGCAAAACGUGAGAGUUCGUCUGAGCCAAAGGCAGACUCAAAUUGUCCCAAGGAAGUGAUGAAGUUCACUCAAGGAAUGCAAGUCGAGGUGACAACUGACGACGACGGUUUCAAAGGUGCUUGGUUUGCUGCAACAAUUAUUGAACCUUCAGGUGAAGACGAGUACCUUAUUGAGUACAAAACCCUGACGAAUGAUGAUGAUACUGAGUUUCUCAGAGAAGACAUUCGUGCUUGCAACAUAAGGCCUUGUCCGCUGGAGAUCACUGUUGUGGAUGGAUUCGAGGUGAUGGAUGAAGUAGAUGCUUACUACAACGAGGGCUGGUGGGUUGGCGUGAUUUCAAAGGUUUUGAUCAACUGCAAUUAUGUGGUUUACUUUAAAGAGUACGACGAGAAGAUAACGUUCAAGCAGGUUGAUUUGAGGCCACAUCAGGACUGGUUAAACGGCAAAUGGGUUGUUCCUUCAGAGGUCUGA